AAACUGUCAACUAAACAGCCAAGGUCACAACACUCGGUUACGCGCAUGUUUCUUCCAAUAUAAUUAUUAAAUUUAAAAAUUUCGAUUCAGUUCGCUUACAUAUUUCAUGUGGAAUCGUUUGUUCGGCCCCGUGAGGACAUACAUUGCAAAAAUGCUGCCGGAAGUAGUCUUUGUCUUGGGUGCACCCGGCGCCGGUAAAGGAACUCAGUGUACAUUUAUAUCCAAGGAAUUUGGAUUUAUUCAUUUAUCGGCUGGCGAUUUAUUACGAGAGGAGCGACAGAGGCCUGGCUCAGAAUAUGGGGAAAUGAUUGAGGAGAAAAUUCGCAAUGGAGAAAUCGUACCAGUUGAGGUUACGUGUUCAUUAAUUCACAAAGCUAUGGAGAAGUCCGGAAAGUCGCGGUUUCUUAUUGAUGGGUUUCCCCGUAAUAAAGAUAAUUUAGAGGGUUGGGAACGCGUUAUGUCCGAUAAAACGAAACUACUGUUCGUGUUAUUUUUUGAGUGUUCACGGGAUUUAUGCACCGAUAGAUGUUUAGGACGUGGCGCUGCUGGCAGCGGGCGUUCUGAUGACAAUAUUGAAAGUCUAAAGAAAAGGUUCAAUACUUAUCUAAAUGAUACUAUGCCCAUUAUUGAUCAUUAUGACAAACAGGGCUUAGUUUGCAGGGUCAAUGCAGAAGUGAGUCCACAAGAAGUAUUUGCAGAUGUACGAAAAUGUUUCACUGCUUUAGGCAUACAAAGUAUAGAUAAGUAAUAUUGUUUUAAGUAGGUCAAUGCCAAUGCGGUACUAUUGUUUUUAUGACAAAACAUUGAGUAGCUUAACUAUUCCUCCAAAGAAAUAGGUUUAAUGAUUUCAUAUACAUUGUCAAAUUAUAAGUGUUCUAUGUAGUAUCAAAAUAUGUUAUCAUUGUGACUAUUUGUGUAGUAAUUAUCUAGUGUCCGACUAUUAAUAAUAUUAUAUUAUUUA